AUGCUUCUCUGCAUAGACGUUGGGACUUCAUCACUGAAGCUUCAAGUUCUGCAGGAUGACAGCAACAUGGAAACUGAGAGCGGGUAUGAGCAUGGCUCCAUGUCUUGUCCCGGUGGAUGGGAGGAGCAGCAGGCGAUGGACUGGUGGCAGGCGUUGAAGGACUGUGCUCGACGACCUGAAUUCUCACAGCACGGCAAGUCAGUUACAUGCGUGGCGUUGACAGGGCAGAUGCAGAACUUGAUCCUGCUGGACAAGCACGGCCAUGCUCUGAGGAACGCUAUCCUGUACAACGACACCCGCGCUUCAGAAGAAGCAAGGUUUGUCGAGGAGGAAUAUGGGAGAGAGGCGUUGGUACGCGAGACAGGAAACUGGAAGGGCGCUUGUUCGUUACUUCCGAAGCUCCUGUGGGUUUCAAAGCAUGAGAGGGAGGUCGUCGAUCAAACGGCUACCAUUCUGUUGGGAGCGCAUGACUUUGUCACUCUCAAGCUCUGCGGCGAAGGCGUGUCUGACUUCGUGACGGCAUCGACUACCGGCCUGCUGACUGACGAUCAUCAAGAAUUCCACGUGGACUUGAUCUCAAGAUUCCUCGCCUCAGCUGUUCCAUGCUUGCCGAAGUUGGUUCAUGGCAAUGAGAGGACAGGCAGCCUCUCGCCUGCUGCUGCUGAGGAGCUCGGCUUGGUCGCCGGCAUCCCCGUCGUUCACGGCAGUGGAGAUGCUGGAUCGACGACGAUCGGAGCUGGUGCCGGCGUGCUGGGAAGGAGCUACAUGUACAUGGGAACGAGCGGGUGGAUCGCAUGCAGCAAAGAGCGCACCAGGCGCGGAGGAGGCGCCGGGUUGUUCCACCUGGCCCAUCCGUGUGAGCCGAAGCUGAUGAUCUCGGCGGCAAGUUGCAUGCAAGCAGGCGCUAACUUGGAGUGGCUCAGGAGGAAUUUCUUCGCUGGGCACAGCAAGGACGAAGCGUAUCUCCUGAUGGAACAGGCCGGUGCGAGUGUGGGCCCAGGAGCAAACGGCUUGAUCUUCUGUCCUUGGCUAGCGGGGGAGCGAUCUCCAUUCACAGACGAGAACGCAAGAGCUUGCUUCAUCGGGAUCUCGCCCAGCACGACCACAGCUCACCUCUGCCGCGCCGUCAUGGAGGGGGUGUGCUACUCCUACAAGAGCCUCAGCGACACCCUCGAGCUCGACGACGAGAGGAGCGUGCGGGCCGUGGGCGGAGGGACGAGAAGCCGGCUGCUGAUGCAGAUCAUGGCGGACGUGCUGGGACGAGACGUUGAGGUCGUGGCAGAUCCCCAGCAGGUUGGCACGCGAGGGGCUGCGAUGCUGGCGAGGAGCGCCAUGGGCAAGACGAUGGAAGAAGAAUGCACUGAGGUUGCUGACACGUUCACUUGCGAUCAUGGCAGGAAAAAGGUGUACCAAGAGAUGUACGCCUGCUACAAUCAAAUCUACCGUCAAAUGCAACCAGUGUUUGCAAGUCUUGCUUCAGCACGAAGAGCUUGUGCCAAUGCGAACAGCCCAGGGUAG